AUGGCAGCUUAUAGUGCUGUAAUUUCUCUUCUUCAAACUCUUGACCAACGAAAUAUUCAAGAACUCUUUCAUGAUCACACUGCCAAAACGCUCGAUCCUCUUCAUGCUACUGCUCAAUAUUUUCAACAUGUCCUUGAAAAUAUUAGCAAGAGUAGUAGAUUUGACCAUGAAAAGAUCAAAUCUUUGGAGGAAAAAAUAAGAGUUGCUGUUAGUUAUGCAGAAGAUGCUGUUGAGAUGAAAAUUUCUCAAAUCAUCACAAGCUUAAGCUGGACCUUUGGAAUUUUACAACACCAUGAUUUGCUACCAGUUGUUGAAAAAAUGGAUACAACAAAGAAACAAGUGAUGGAGAUUCUUUCUCAUGAUGCUGAUCAACUUCUUGAAUUAUCCGGGAAUUCCUUGAUUGACACUUCUUCUACAAGUUAUCCAAUGUUGGAAGAUGAUAUUGUGCACGGACUUGAUGAUGACUUGGAGAUCAUAAUUAAUAGGUUGACAGGACGAUCACGGGAUCUAGAGAUUGUCACAAUAUCAGGCAUGGGUGGCAUUGGCAAAACAACACUCGCUAGGAAAGCUUAUGAUCAUCUCGCAAUCAGGUAUCAUCACUUUGACAUUCUUGCUUGGGUUACAAUAUCUCAAGAAUUUAGAGUUAGAAAUGUAUUGUUAGAAGCUUUACGUUGCAUUUCAAAGCAAGCAAUUCGUGUCAACGCAAAAGAUUAUGAUAAGAUGGAUGACUCUGAGUUAGCAGACCUAGUGCAGAAGAACCUAAAGCAUCGAAGAUACCUUGUUGUUGUUGAUGAUAUUUGGAGUACAGGUGUUUGGGAUAGUAUAAGAGGAAUAUUUCCUGAUUGCAACAAUAAAAGUCGAAUUUUACUGACUACUAGGGAAACUGAGGUAGCGAUAUAUGCAAAUACUAGUAUCCCUCAUAAGAUGAACCUCUUGAGUUUAGCUAACGGUUGGAAGUUACUUUGUGACAAGGUUUUUGGACCAAAACAUGAUUAUCCUCCUGAAUUGGAAGAAAUUGGAAAGGAAAUAGUAGGAAAAUGCCAAGGACUACCCUUAACAAUUUUAGUGAUUGCGGGACAUCUUUCUAAAAUGACUAGGACAUUAGAAGGUUGGAAGGAUGUUGCCCAAAACUUAAGUGAAAUUAUUGCUAGUCAUCCAGAUAAAUGCUUAGGAGUGCUCGGUUUGAGUUACCACCACUUGCCUAAUCGCCUCAAACCUUGUUUUCUAUCUAUGAGUGGUUUCCCAGAGGAUUUUCAGAUUGAAUCUUGUAUAUUGAUCCAAUUAUGGAUUGCAGAAGGUUUCAUAAGGAUGUCUGCUGGAAAUUGUAGAAGUUUGGAGGAAGUGGCGAUAGAUUAUUUGGAGGACCUUAUUAGCAGGAACUUGAUACAGGUUAGAAAAAGGAGAUUUAAUGGUGAGACAAAAGCAUGUGGAAUACAUGAUCUACUGCGUGAGUUAUGUUUGAUAGAAGCUGAAAUGACGAACCAUAUGCAUGUUCAGAGAACUCACCCUACUCUACCAACACAAAAGCAUAAUGCUCGUCGUUUCAGUUUUCAAACUGAGUUUUAUUCAGAUGAUGAUUGUUGGAAACUAUUACCCCCUUUUUCCAGAUCUAUAUACUUAAUUUCUCAAUUGAAUCUACCUUUUCCAAAUCAUAUUAAGCUUCUCGGGAUCUUGCCCAUCCCCCGCUUUUUUCUCGUUUCAACACAACAUGGUGAAUUUCUCUCUCGUUUCAACCUACUCAGGGUAUUGGUCAUCUUCAAUAUAGAUGUAAAUGUAGAUGCAGAGUUCCCGUCAUUUCCACUUGUGAUUACAAAGUUAUUUCAUUUGAGAUUUCUCCAAUUUCCAUUUAACGGCAAUAUGCCUGAGUCAAUCUCAGAGCUUCAGAAUUUGCAAACUCUAAUUUGUAAUGGUUAUACUUCUUUACCUGGGAAGAUAUGGAUGAUGAAGAACUUGAGAUAUAUACGUCUGGAGGGACCCUCUUAUUUACCUAGCCCUAGAAUAGAAAGACUUGUGACAGGGAUGCAAAAUCUAGAGGAACUUUCUAAUGUCUGCUACGACAGUUGUACAAAGGAAGUCUUUUCUGGCAUUCCCAAUAUAAAGAGAUUGAUCAUUCGUGUACCUUUUCUCUGUAAGUACUAUUCACCUAAUCGGCUCAUUGAUAUGUCCAUCUUGAGAAAACUCGAAGCACUCAAGUUUUUAAAGAAAUUACCUUGGAGUGGCCGAGUCAUCAUUAGUGUUAGAAGUGUUCCAACAUCACUUAAGAGGUUGAGUUUAAGCAAGUGUAAUCAUUUUGUUUGGGCAGACAUAUCAUCAACUGUUAUGAUGUUGCCAAAUCUUGAAGAGCUCAAACUUAAACUUUGUCGAAUCUUGAAUGAUGAAUGGAGAUUGAGUGAUGAAGACAAGUUCAAAAGCUUGAAGUUGUUGUUACUGAGCCACCUAAAUCUUGAGCGGUUGGAAGCGAGGAGUGAUAACUUCCCAAAUCUAAAACGCCUUGUUCUGAAGAUGUGUUACAGGUUGCAAGAAAUUCCAACAGAUUUUGGGGAAAUUUCUACUUUGGAAUCGAUUGAGUUACAUGAUUGCACCGCUACCGCUGAGGAUUCUGCAAGAGAAAUUGUACAAGAACAAGAAGACAUGGGAAAUAAUUCCCUUAAGGUCUACAUCCAUAACAGCCCCGGGGAAUGA